UCUUGCUAUAUAUUUAGUUUUACAACGCUAUUACUUUAUUAGCAUGUCAGAUAGCUCAAUGGCCUCACCCUUGCUUUUAAAGCUGGAGUCAGUGGAUCAAAUCUCUGCACAGGCUCAACUGGUUUGGGCUUUUGAGAUUGGAUUGGGCUUUGGCCCUCCUUUAAACCCUCUAGGGCUCAAUAUUGGACUUCUACAGCAAGUGGAAGUUUGGCCCAAACCUAGCCUCAAAUACCUUGCAACACCAAAAGCAACCUAGCCUAGAGAUUGGAUUGGGCUUUGGCCCUCGUUUAAACCCUUUAGGGCUCAACUGGUUUGGGCUUUUAAUGGGUGUCUGGCUGUAGCCCCUAUUGGGCUUCUACGGCAGGUGGAAGUUUGGCCCAGGCUUGGGCUUGACCGAUUCUUAGGAAGCUGGACGGUUCAGCGGUUCAACACCGUUUUAACAUGAAAACGGUUCGCUGGGGCAAACCGAACCAGAGAGAUGGCCAGUACACGGUCCAGUUUUCAAAACAUUGGUUCCUCUUAAAUUUUUCACAAAUGUCAAUUCAUCUUAAGUGUAUGGGAGUUGUGUUGAUCUCCAUUGCAAGGAAUUCUUUUUUGAGCCUCGGUAUUAAAUGAAUCAUUGGUUCCAACAAUACUAACUUGAAGAAAAAUUGUCAUUUGGACAUGAAGAUUCUUUGUGUGCGUGUGUUUUUGGGAUGAAGAACUCUUUUAGUUUCAUGUUAGAGAGAUCUUGCAGAAGCACAUUACCUACUGCUGAGUAAACUGUAAUUUUCAGUAUACACAAAGAGACAACAGAAUUCAUAUGAAGUCAUCUGAUUCCUACUUGUCUUUGUUGAUUUUCAAUUCUUACCCCUAUUUACCUGAAAUUAUUGCAAACCAUCAUCCUAUGGCUUUAUAACAGUCACAAGUAGAAGCCUUAUUUGAUUAGUUUUUAUUGUCUGAUCUUUACUUCCUAUUGAUAUUUCAAAGGACUUUAGAACUUCAAAAAUUCUCGAGAUAAUUGAAAGUAAAUGGUUGGAACCAAAUUAUAAGUCCUAUGUGUUAUCACCCCACGUCGUCUCCACGUUCACCACCAUGAAGGGGUGAUCCUGAAGUGGUCCAACACCCACGUCCUCCACCAUGAUCCCACUUUUCCGUUGCGUUUAAAGAGGGUGUGGCAAAUCUGCAGAAACGUGGUAUGAUGGGAGGCCACGGUUAUAUAUUUCUCAUGGUCCCGAACUCGAUAUCUGCCAUCUUCAUUAUUCAGUAAUACACCAUCCAUAGGAGAUCAUCAGAGUUUGGAAACCAAAGGUUGAACCGAUUCCAGCAACUUGAUCCGAUGGCUGGAGUUUUACCUAGCAUAUCUGAUAUUCGUUGUGAGGUUCCCGAACUUAGAGGAGAUAACUUUAAGAUAUGGAAGGAGAGAAUUCUUCUUCAAUUAGGGUGCAUGGACAUAGAUUAUGCUAUAAGGAAAGAUGAACCACAUAAGAUCACUGAUACCAGCACACCUGAACAAAUUUUAUUGUACGAACGCUGGGAGAAAUCUAAUUGCCUUAGCGUGAUGUACAUUAAGACAAAAAUCAGUGUUGGUAUACGUGGUUCAAUCGAGCAACAUGAGAAUGUCUGUGAAUUGCUAAAGGCUAUUGACGAGCAAUUCGUCACUUUAGACAAAGCCUUGGCAAGCACCCUGAUUAUGAAGUUCACAUCCUUGAAGCUCACUGGUAUAAGAGGUGUGCGCGAACACAUCAUGGAGAUGAGGGACAUAGUGGCUCAAUUGAAGAAACUCGAGGUAGAAAUGUCUGAAUCUUUCUUGGUGCACUUUAUCCUUAACACUCUUCCACCUCAGUAUGGACCUUUCAAAAUCUCUAACAACACACAAGGAUAAGUGGUCUAUCAAUGAAUUGAUGACCAUGUGUGUUCAAGAGGAAGGAAGGUUAUUGAUGGAACAGGGAAAAAGUGCCAUGCUGGUGACUCAAAGGAAAGGAAAAUCUCAAGCUAGUCAGAAAGGGAAGCAACAAAUUCCUCCCAAAUCUAACAUUAAGAAAGACGAAAAGUGUUUUUUCUGUAAAAAGAAAGGACACGUGAAGAAGAAAUGUCUGAAAUUUCAGAAUUGGCUUGAGAAGAAAGGGUGUGCAAAACCUAAGGAAGCCAGUGACAAAUGAGCAAUUCAUCUUAUCCGGAAACAAGAUGGGCUCACAUGUGGAAGCAAUAGGGACAUGUUAUUUAACUUUAUAUGGUGGUUUUAUUUUGGAAUUGCAA